AUGGCCGUGUUACUGGAGAUCCUACCGGACCUGGUUCCUCACAUGCCUCUUUCGCAGAGGUCGAUCGCCAACAUGAUGACCGAGAACAUCGCUGCGAACCUGCCCAGCAAAACUGCUCAGUUGAACGAGUUGGCUCAGCGGUGCCUGGAUUCGAUGAUAAUUAACAUGGACAACAUUGCGUUGUUUCAACCGUUCUGUGCGGUGGUCAAGAAAGGAAUCGUGCUGCAAAUGACGUACCUUCUUCCAAGACUCGCCGAAAUCUACCACCGAUGUUUCGGUUCCAAAGAGCGUUUGGCGAGGAUUUACAUCGUGCCGACAUUAAAGUACCUUCUGCAGAGCAGCCGCACCAACGUGGCUGUCAGCAGACUCACCCAAAGUUUCACAGACGAUCUCGUUAACUACGUCGGAAAAGAAGCACUGUGGAGCUUUGCCGAUAACUUGAACAAUAAUGAACGCGUCAUGUUCAGAAAUCUCUUGAUCAACUUCCAGGAAAGCCUCAAUGAAAUAUGCCCACCGACCUUGUAUGUUUGUGUCGUCGACCAUCUAAGCAAGACGGCAUUCGCCAGCGAUUUGGCCGCCUUUGCUGUGAAACUGACCUGGCAUGGUUUCACUGAUCCCCUUCGGGAUUCGUCAAAUUAG